AUGGCUGACUUGCAAUCCAUGGACACUGAAGCUCUUAGAGCCUAUUUCUUAAACGAACUGCGUGACGAUCCCUACAUCAAGGUUGCAGCUCUUGACAAUGACGGCUUGCUACGCGGCAAAACUUUUUCUCAAAAAAGGUUUUUUUCGAUCAUUUCCAAAGAAAAUGACCAAUUUGGAAUGUGCUCGGCAAUCUAUGGAUUAGAUUCGCAUGAUCAUGUUUACGAAGACCAGCCUUUAACUGAACUUUUUAAUCAAGGGUUCCCUGAUUCUCAUGCAGUCAUUGAUUUCAAGUCCUUUAGAAGAAUCCCUUGGGAGUACUCCGAAAGUGAAAACAUUGAAGAUCUUAUAAACGACAAACCUCCCGUAAAGAAAAACAUGCCUCUUUUUUUGGCCAAAAUGUUGCAUCCAAAAACUCGUGAACCAAUGGUACCAGACCCACGCACGUUGAUUGACACAAUUGCCAAACGAAUUGCUACUUCUACAGCUUUUACAUGUUCCAAUUCGUCAGUAGUGGCCCCAUACGCAGGCAUUGAAAUUGAAAUCUUACAUUACCUCGAAACCCACAAGUCAUUGGUCUCCAAAAACUUUGUCAACUUGGAACCAUUGACCCACGGUAAACAUGCCUUCUCCUUAACACGCAUGGGACUCAACUUGGACUACCAGCGUGAACUACUCAAGGCCGCAAAGAAGUUGCGGGUAGGGAUCGAGGCAUGGCACACCGAGUCUGGGCCAGGCGUUUACGAGGCUGCACUUGGGUACUGUGAUGCACGCGAGCUUUCCGACAAUAUGGCCAUGUUCAAGUUGGCUGCCAAAACUGUGGGUGCACAGUAUGGAAUUAUCCCCUGUUUCAUGGCCAAGCCUGACCAGAAACAUGCUGGAAACUCUGGUCACAUGCACAUUUCCCUUAUGGAAGUUAUUACCAAUUCCAGUGACGGAUCCAAGAGCCUUCAUAACUUGUUUGGGCGCUCAGAACGUGACACUUUGGCAGCAUGGCCCGAUAUUGAGUACUUGAGCGAUACGGGGCGUCAUUUUCUGGCAGGUAUUUUGGCCGGGCUUCCAUGGGUAACGCCCCUUCUUUUGCCUACUAUUAAUUCGUACAAACGACUGGUUGCCGAGUUUUGGGCUCCUGUAUCAGUUUCGUGGGGGUGGCAGAGUCGCUCGGCUAGUAUUCGGUUGGUAAUUGAUCCAGAGGCCCCUCAAAGUACUCGAUUCGAGGUCCGGACUCCUGGCGCAGAUGUGGUCCCACAUUUGGCGCUUUCUGCACUGUUUGCACUCGGCUUAUAUGGUAUUGAGCAAAAACUGGAGCUUACUAUUCCACCAAUCAAGGAUAAUGAUCAUACUCCGUUUGAAAUGCUUCCUCGUACUUUACACAGUGCAACUGAACGCUUUGAGGCCAAAAACUCUUUAGCGCGGGUGGUUUUGGGAGAUGAGUUUGUGGACCAUUACGCGAAAACUCGUUGGAAUGAGUGUAAGCUUUGGGACGACGCCGUCACAAAUUGGGAAAUUGAACGGUACAUGGAGAUUAUAUAG